UCCCAGGCCAGCGUGAGGCGGUGCAACCCGGCGGUGAAAGGGUUAGAAGAGAAACAUGUGGGGGUCUGGCCUCACGGUUGACCCCUGGGCUUCCGAUGUGCUCCAGAUGUGGCGGGACCGCUCUGACAGCAGGGAGCACUUCCCAGCAGAGUGAGACUCUCCCAGCCAGAAACGCCCUGCACUCGCCCCGGCCAACUUCUCUCCUUCUGCCUCCCGGGGACCCGAGUCCUGCGCGUCCCACCCAGCGUCCCACCCAGAGACCCUCUCCUGCCUCUCUGUCCUCAGAGCAUCUAUGUGACCAGGACGCCUCCAUCCAGCCAGCUGCCUAGUAACUGUAUCGUCUCCAGGUACCCGCACACCCCCCCAGGGCUCCCAGAGAGCUCCAGUAGGACCCUGAUCUCCAGCACAGAGAUAUGAGCGGCUACUGACUCCCAGUAGGACAAUAUGCAGAGCAUUAAGUGUGUGGUUGUGGGGGACGGAGCAGUGGGAAAGACCUGUCUACUCAUCUGCUACACAACCAACGCCUUCCCUAAGGAAUACAUCCCCACGGUGUUUGAUAACUACAGCGCCCAAACCUCGGUGGACGGGAGGACUGUUAGCUUGAACCUGUGGGACACUGCUGGCCAGGAGGAGUAUGACAGACUCCGUACACUCUCUUACCCGCAGACCAACGUCUUUAUCAUCUGCUUUUCCAUCGCCAGCCCUACCUCCUACGAGAAUGUAAAGCACAAGUGGUACCCCGAGGUGGGUCACCAUUGUCCCAACGUGCCCAUUCUCUUGGUGGGCACCAAGAAGGAUCUUAGGAACAACGCCGAUGUCAUGAAGAAGCUGAAAGAGCAGAACCAAAUGCCCAUCACUAACCAUCAGGGUGGAAAUCUGGCCAAGCAGAUCCACGCAGUAAAGUAUAUGGAGUGCUCCGCCCUUAACCAAGAUGGCAUCAAAGAAGUGUUUGCGGAGGCUGUGCGAGCUGUGCUGAACCCGACUCCUGUCAAGGACAAAAAAAGCUGCUUCAUUUUGUGAGCAGAAGCUUCAUUCCCUCUGCUCUCAGUGCUGAGUCCAGUGCCUCGUUGGGUCAUUCUGGUGUCUUCUAGUUCCAUGUCCUUCCUCCUGAGGCUCCGCCCUUGUGAUGCUUUCCUUCACUAUUUAGUUAGUAUUGCUAUUUAAUUAGUAUUAGUUCCUUGGGUUUGCCAUGGUGUGACAGAUCUACUCAUGGUUUGAGAUCUUCUAUCUCUGAACCCCCAUUCAUCCUUAAUUACCUCAAUCACCCAAGUGCAGAUGUCCAAGCAACAAAAUUCCCAUCCUUCUUCUUGCAGCUACCAAAUUAGGGUCCUAUGGUGGAACUGGUGAUAUACUGUCAUUCUAUUGAAAAUCAUUUUUACCCACAGCCUCAACUAUUGGGGUUCUCCACCAUAAGCCAUGGGUUUCCUGUGGUGUGGUGGAUCUUCUAAUGGUUUGAAAUCUUUAACUUCAUCCUUAUUGACCUCAACCACCCAAGUGCAGAUAGCCAAGCAAAGUCAUUCCCAUUCUCCUUUGUGCAGCUACCACACCAGUGUCUCCUUCUCCUGUGGUGGGACUCCAACUGGUGAUAUACUGGGAUUCUAUUUAUAAUCAUUUUUAUGCACAGCCAGGAAGAAGAUGCCUCAACUAUUGGGGUUCUCCACCAUAAGCCAUGGGUUUCCUGUGGUGGAUCUACUAAUGGUUUGAAAUCUUUAACUUCAUCCUUAUUGACCUCAACCACCCAAGUGCAGAUGACCAAGCAAAGUCAUUGCCAUUAUCCUUUGUGCAGCUACCACACCAGCAUCUCCUUAUCCUGUGGUGGGACUCCAUCUGGUGAUAUACUGGGAUUCUAUUUAAAAUCAUUUUUACACACAGCCAGGAAGAAGAUGCCUCAACUAUUGGGGUUCUGCACCAUACGAUAUGGGUUUCCUGUGGUGGAUCUACUAAUGGUUUGAAAACUUUCAUCCUUAUUGACCUCAACCACCCAUGUGCAGACAGCCAAGCAAAGUCAUUCCCAUUCUCCUUUGUACAGCUACCACACCAGUGUCUCCUUCUCCUGUGGUGGUGAUAUACUGGGAUCCUAUUUAUAGUCAUUUUUACCCACAGCCAGUAAGAAAAUGCCUCAACUAUUGGGUUUUUCCACCAUACACCAUGGGUUUUCUCUAGUAUGGUGGGUCUACUGAUGGUUUGAGAUCUUCUGUCUCUUAGAUUACUUUGACAUUCCCAAUCUCCUUUGGUGGGACUCCUAUAAUCUGCUGAUAUACUGGGAUCCUAUUUAUAGUCAUUUUUACCCACAGCCAGUAAGAAAAUGCCUCAACUAUUGGGUUUUUCCACCAUACACCAUGGGUUUUCUCUAGUAUGGUGGGUCUUCUGAUGGUUUGAGAUCUUCUGUCUCUUAGGUUACUUUGACAUUCCCAAUCUCCUUUGGUGGGACUCCUAUAAUCUGCUGAUAUACUGGGAUCCUAUUUAUAAUCAUUUUGACCCACAGCCAUGAAGAAAAUGCCUCAACUAUUGGGGUUCUCCACCAUACACCAUGGGUUUUUUCUGGUAUGGUUGGUCUACUGAUGGUUUGAGAUCUUCUGUCUCUUACCUUACUCCUUUGGUGGGACUCUGGUGAUAUACUGGGAUCCUAUUUAUAAUCAAUUUGACCCACAGCCAUGAAGAAAAUGCCUCUACUAUUGGGUUCCUCCACCAUAUGAAUUCAGGUUAUAUUAUUCUGCCCUGGACUACUGAUUUGGGGGGGGGGGAGGUUCUUAUUUGUAUCAUUAAUGGUUUUAUCGGUGGAGAAGGUGCUAAGACGCCCAACACAUUUAAAAACCCUUUGAAAAAUCCAUGACUUGUGUCUUGGAUUUACAGAUAAGGAGGAAUCCCUUGUACAGGGGGGCGGGGUUUCAUUGUGACUAAAUUUAAACAGCUUCCUACAACUGAUCUAAAGAACCUUGAGGGCGGAGUCAAGUGUAAAAUAUGAGUUUGGCUCCAUUGGUCUUCAAUUGCCCCCACAACGUGACCACCUGAAGUGCCUUUAGUGAGUUGCAACAGGAUAUU